UAAUAAUGGAGAAUGCCAACGAAGAACUUCAAAAUAUCAACACUAUAUUCCCUGAAGACUCACUGAUCAAGGAAGAAAUUGAGAGCCAACAAAGGCUAGCAAGUGCUGCCAGUAGCUCCCAUCUCAGACCAGAAGUGCCAGAGCUUAGAGUAAAUUCUCCGAAUGAACGAAGUAUGGUUCAAAGAGCAGCCAAGACAUCUAUUGGGAUUCACCCCAAUGGUAGGACAAGAGCCAAGCAAGUUUCCCCUUAUAUUCCCUCUAAACGAAGAAAUGGGUCUGUAAAAGUACCAGAGAGGGGUACAAAACGGACAGGAAGAAGAGCCCAAAGAGUCACUGAAGUUCCUUCUCAAGAAGUCCGUAGUAGCUCAGUAAUCAGUAUGAGGGACAUAACUCCAGAGAUUGCUGCUCAAGUGGUGAAGAAUUACCUCCUUCCCAUGUUUGAUGGCAACAAAAGUGGUCAUUCAAAAACUAAGACUAGGAUCAGCAAAAAUGAAGAAAUCCCCAAUGAGGGUAUUUUUAAGCCAAAGACAAUUUAUGGUGAGUUGAAGCUCUCAGAUCGUUUAUCUACCCAGCUAGAAGGAGUAAAGCUGGAGUUAAAGAACACUCAGGAAUCUCUCAGUGCCAAAAUAGCUGAGAAUGAGAUCAUGUGUACUACCCACACAAGGCUUAAAUAAGCUGAACAAAAUGUUGAGCAUAAAGAACUCUCUAUACGAAAAACAGAUUCAAAGCUUUGAGAUUUUCAAAGCUACUACAGAGAAGGAGCUGAUAAAUUCGAAAGGCAAGAUCAACCAACUAGAGAAGAUGCUUAAGGAGAAUGAGAUCAAGACUACCAAUUUCUGUCAGUCCUUACAACGUGAGAAGGUCUUCAAUGAGAAGCUGAAGAACCAACUCAUCGAGCAUAAGCACUCUAAGUCUUUGUCUAAAAUGGAAACUGAUAUAUUAGGCACUAGACUAGCUAUACUGAACAACUCAAUCCGGUCACUAGGUACUGCCAAAGAAGCAGAGGAGAGAAACACAGUUGUUAUUACUGAAUUGAAGAUAAACCUUGAGAAGAAGAUCAAGGAUUACCAGAACUGUACGAAAUAAGAUCGCUGAUCUCCUAUCAGAACACAAGGACUUAUACUCUAAACUAGAAACAAUGAAUGAAGCAAGGAAGAGGGCUAAUAUAGAGAAAUCUAAGUUUAUUCGUGCCAGCAAGAACAACAUUAACAUUCUUGAGCAAGAACUUAAACAGUUAAAGGAACAAAGUAGUAAGCAGAAAGAGGAAAUAGACUCUCUCAAAAAGUCGAUUAAAGUAGAAAUUGAGGAGAAAAAUCUCCUUCUGAAUAAAAUCAAUGAUAUGAAAACAAAGAGAAACCUCAACCAGAGGAAGAAGAUCUGCUACAAGUGCAACCAAGAUUUCUCAGAGAAGGAAAACUUCAGGUGGUCCUGUAUUACCCAUCAAAGAGAAUGGAGUGGUAAGAUGUGGUGGUGCUGUGGCAGCACAGAUCAUCUCAACCCAGGCUGCGUCAAAGAUUACCAUAUCUCUAAAACCUACAAUGAAAGUGAUAAGUUUGGUAGCCGAGAAGGUGAAAUGCAACAGAAAAUAAGAUGACUCUGAUGAAAACAGAAGGGACAUCCCACCCAAAACUGUCCUCUUGAUCCUAAUCUCAGGACCGCUCAUUCUGCAUCAGAGGAGUUUGAGAGAAUUUCUGGUUUGAAGGACAUUGAGACCAAGAAGUAUGCAAAGGAUGGGAUCAUAGAGACUAAAUAAAUAUCUUGAGCAUAUAAUUACCAACAAGGAUCAGAACCCAUUUAAAAGAGGAGUUCUCACGUUUGAUGAUUACAACUACACCUAUUACAAUAAAGAUAUCCUGCCUGAUAUGGAUGAACUGAUGGACGAUGAGACCUCGUCUGUUUCAGCCAUGCCAAAGUCACAAAUUAACGAAGCAGAAGGAGAAAGUGAGGAAGAAAAAGAUAGAGAAAAACAGCCUCCAAUCAAACAACCAACUACAGGAAUAAUUAACAAGGAAUCCAUAGAAGAAGAGGAUGAAGACCCUUUUACUCUUGAAGAACUCAAGGAAAUCCAGAAAUCUCAACAAAAAGACCUCUUCAAUGAAGUUCUUGAUAUCAAGAAUGAAGCGAGGCUUGAGUUUCUGACCCUAAAACCAUUGUAUUCCUUGAGAGAGCAGAUAGAAGAUAAUGAUCCUCCAAGUAGCAAUAAUGGAAAGAGUCUACUACUAUCCAACAGCAAGAAAGUAAUAGAGCAAGAGAUAGGCUUAGGAAAUCAAAACCAACCAAAGUUUGGCAAUGAGCUAUGUGUGGAAGAUGUAAGCUCUGCUGAAGACUCUAUAAGAAGAGACUUCGAUCCAAAUCUUGACAUGUCUUCACAAUUCCAAAAAGUUGACAAUUCUUAUGCCCAUCUGAUCAAGGACCAAAUUGGGACAGAAAAUGAGUAUACAGAUAAUGACGAUUAUAAUGACACUCAGAGACCAUUGACCACUAAUGUAGUGGAGAAUCCAAGAAAGAGUUCUGUGUGCCUUCCUCAUCCCUACAACUUAUCCGUCACCAAGACGAAAGAGGAACCUGCCCAGAAGCUUUCCAAAAGGAGUAAGACUAAUCGCCACAGAUCGGGUAAGAAUAUCAAAAUGGUGAAGCAUAUCACUACAUAAGUCUGAGCUAGGCUAAUCUUAUGCAUAAAUUAGAGGAUUACUAGUCAGUUUAGUAGAUUUUCAAC